GUUCGAACACUUUCAAAUUUACGAAAAUCUAAUACAAAAUUAAUACUCCGAUUUUUUUAGCUAGUAUUAAAUACUUCCGGACUUGUAAAGUAGUUGGAGUCAAUGGUUUCAAGUCAACAAUGAUGAAAUUUCAACAAUUUACUUAAACGCUACGAGAGUGAGAGACCCUACCAGAGUCAACUUUGUUGAUUUGUUCGGAUUUGGUUUUUAACCAAAAACUUGGAUGACAAAAGAAGAACAGUAAGGGGCAAAAAGCAAAAUGUCGAAGCAAUGUCUUCUCUCCUGCUUCCUCUUCUUCUGCUUCUUCAUACCACAACUAUCUUUCUCUUGUCCACAAGAUCAAAGACAAUCCCUUCUCGAGUUCAAGAACUUGCUGAUUCACAACAUCAAGGACAACUACACAGCCUUUGAAGAAUUAGGGACAUGGAGGCCAAACUCAGAUUGCUGCAAAUGGCUACGCGUGACAUGUAACGCUAGUUCGCCUUCCAAAGAAGUGAUAGACCUGAAUCUAUUCUUGCUCAUCCCCCCUGGCUUAGUUAGUUCAAGCAUUUUGAGACCGAUUCUGCGUAUAAACUCUCUUGUUGGGCUUGAUGUCUCAUUUAACAACAUACAAGGAGAGAUUCCUGGAUAUGCGUUUGUGAACUUGACCAGCUUGAUUUCUCUUGACAUGUGUUGUAAUAGAUUUAACGGCUCAAUUCCUCAUGAAUUGUUCUCCUUGACAAAUCUUCAGCGUCUUGAUUUAAGCAGGAAUGUUAUUGGCGGUACGUUGAGUGGUGACAUCAAAGAGCUCAAGAAUCUGCAGGAACUGAUCUUAGAUGAGAAUCUCAUUGGAGGAGCGAUUCCUUCAGAAAUAGGUAGUCUUGUCGAACUACUGACGCUGACCUUGAGGCAGAACAUGUUCAAUAGUUCCAUACCGUCGUCUGUAUCACGGUUAACGAAGCUCAAAACGAUAGAUCUUCAGAACAAUUUCUUGUCUUCUAAGAUUCCAGAUGAUAUUGGAAACUUGGUCAAUCUAUCAACUCUGUCCUUGAGCAUGAACAAGUUGUCGGGUGGAAUUCCAUCGUCGAUUCAUAAUCUGAAAAAUCUUGAAACCCUUCAGCUUGAGAAUAACAAUGGCUUGUCAGGUGAGAUUCCCGCAGCUUGGUUGUUUGGUCUUCAGAAGCUGAAGGUACUACGGCUUGAAGGAAACAACAAACUCCAAUGGAACAAUAAUGGUUAUGUCUUUCCACAGUUUAAGUUAACACAUCUGUCACUUAGAUCUUGUGGCUUAGAAGGGAAUAUUCCGGAUUGGCUCAAGAAUCAAACAGCUCUUGUUUACUUGGAUUUGAGCAUUAACAGACUCGAAGGAAGAUUCCCAAAAUGGCUAGCUGAUCUGAAAAUCAGAAACAUAACUUUGUCAGACAACAGACUCACAGGCUCACUGCCUCCAAAUUUGUUUCAGCGUCCGAGCUUAUACUAUCUUGUACUAUCAAGGAACAACUUUUCUGGUCAGAUCCCUGAUACGAUUGGCGAAUCACAGGUCAUGGUACUCAUGUUGUCUGAAAACAACUUCUCAGGAUCAGUACCAAAGUCUAUUACAAAGAUCCCCUUUCUCAAGUUGUUGGACUUGUCAAAGAAUCGAUUAUCAGGUGAAUUCCCGAGGUUCCGCCCCGAGUCAUACCUUGAGUGGCUCGAUAUAUCUUCGAACGAGUUCUCUGGGGAUGUUCCAGCUUACUUUGGAGGAUCCACCAGUAUGCUCUUAAUGAGUCAGAACAAUUUCAGCGGCGAAUUUCCUCAGAACUUCAGAAAUCUUUCAUAUCUGAUCCGUCUUGAUCUCCAUGACAACAAAAUCUCUGGAACAGUCGCGAGUUUAAUCUCCCAGUUAUCUUCUUCUGUAGAGGUUCUUAGCCUGAGAAACAAUUCCCUCAAAGGUUCAAUCCCAGAAGGCAUAUCAAAUCUCACAAGCCUUAAGGUCUUGGAUCUCUCUGAGAACAAUCUUGAUGGAUAUCUCCCUUCAUCUCUUGGGAAUCUUACAUGCAUGAUAAAAUCUCCUGAGCCCUCAGCUAUGACUAUCCGUCCCUAUUUCAGCUCCUAUACCGACAUACCCAACAUAGAAAGAUUAAUCGAGAUCGAAUCAGAAGAUAUAUUUAGUCUUGUAGUGAACUGGAAGAAUUCAAAACAAGUUCUUUUCGACAGAAACUUCUACCUCUACACUCUCUUAGAUCUCUCCAAGAACAAGCUACACGGAGAAAUCCCAACUUCUUUAGGCAAUCUCAAAAGCCUAAAGGUUUUAAAUCUUUCCAACAACGAGUUCUCUGGAUUGAUCCCACAAAGUUUUGGAGAUCUUGAGAAGGUAGAGAGCUUAGACCUUUCACACAACAACCUCACUGGCGAAAUCCCGAAAACGUUAUCCAAGCUAAGCGAGCUGAAUACAUUGGAUUUGCGUAACAACAAGCUUAAAGGUAGAAUCCCUGAAAGUCCUCAGCUAGACAGAUUGAACAAUCCAAACAUUUACGCGAACAACAGCGGAAUCUGUGGAAUGCAAAUCCAAGUACCAUGCUUUCCUACACAGACCAAGCAGCCAGCUGAGGAAAAAGAAGAAGAAGACAAAGAAGAAGAAGAAACAAUUUUUUCAUGGAAUGCAGCAGCCAUAGGUUGCUCUUGUGGAUUCCUUAUAGCAGUUGUGUUCAUGUCUUACAAUGAGUUAUGGAAGUAA